CAUUAAAUUUCUCUCUCUCUCUCUCUCUCUCUCUCUCUCUCUCUUUCUCUCAGCUUGAAAAACUCUGUCAAAAUCUCUCUGAUAAGAUCAAAUGAGUUGGUUGAAAUUGAAGAAAUUGCUGCCCACAAAAAAGUUUUGGAGAGCAUUUACAAACAAAGUAGUGCCUCUCAAGCUACAAAAACUCAACAAAUCAUUACCAUCAUCAUCAAAACCAAACAAGAAACUUAAAAACCAAUCCUACAAAAAAACUUCCGGCAAACUUAGCUGGCCGAGAUCUCUUUCCGUGCAGCCCAAGAAAUUCAAGAAGAAGCCCAAAAACAAGAACACCUUCAUUAGCCACCAGAAAAGACCGCCUCCAGUGUUCGUCGAUCAGCUCUUCGUGGGGCCCGCUUCCGGUGUGUCGGAAACUGGAAGCACAAGCAAGGAGAAAUCGACUAGUUCGAAGACAAGCGAGGUUCCCGAUCAGAAAAGUGGGCCCGAGGUAUCUAAUAAAGAAAACACAAGUGUAUCCGAUAAUGAUAUGAAUAUGAUCGACAGUAGUGCUGAUGAUAUGUGGGAUUCAAUGGUGUUGGCUUCGCCACAGAUGCAAGGAAUUGAUGAAAGGGCUGAGGAGUUCAUAGCUCAGUUCCGAGCUCAGAUGCACCGUCAGGAAAUGCUAGCUCGCCGUACGUAGCUUUUAUUAACAUCCUAGAUAUACAGAUAAUAAUACUACUCUUACGGUGUAUAGAAAUUCUUUGCAAGUUUAUAUAUGACGAUGUAAUCUUUCGCUCAUCGUAAAAUCUGCUGAAAAUAUAAAUUCCUCUCAACACUGACAACUCAAAAUCAAUAUAAUCUUCACAUAAACAAGUGAAAAAUGCGACACAUAAAUUGAUUUAAUUUAUGACGAAACUUGCUAAUCGAACAAACAAACAAUCUAACGGUGAACCGAUACUAGACGAGACGAUCAUUAAAAUGCAUGUUAUUUAAAUAUCAAACAUCAACAUGUUAAAUUUUGACAAAGACCACGCAGAGUAACAAGACAAGUGUGUCCAUUGUCAACGUUUCAAUACACAUACACCACGACAAGAGUAACAAGACAUGCAAAGCUUUGUUCAAGCUUUCCAGACGAGAACA